GCGGUAUACCAACAGAACGCGGAAUGCUUUCUGAACCGCUUCCACCUUGGUUAACAACUUGUACGUUCCAAAAAUUUUCAGCUCUUGGUCUAUUUAAUGAAUGCGAAAAAUUCAAAUUGCCAAACCAUUGUUUAAUUAAUGAGUAUGAAAGUGGACAAGGAAUUAUGCCACAUGAAGAUGGUCCAUUUUAUUAUCCAACAGUAGUAACAAUUUCGUUAAAAUCACAUACCGUACUUGAUUUUUAUAAACACUUGGAUUCAAUGAAUUAUACAAUGACCAAUGCAAAUAAUUGUGAGAGUAAAAGCUGUUAUAGAGAACCAGAGUUUUCAUUGUUACUUGAACCUCGGAGCCUUUUAGUUCUGAAAUAUGACCUCUAUAAAACCUAUCUUCAUGGAAUUCAAGAAACCAAAUUUGACAACUUGAAUGAAAAAAAUAUAUUAAAUUACAAGUUGACUAAUAUGACAGAUGAUUAUGAAAAUAAUGAUUGUAUUGUCUUGAAAAGAGACACAAGGAUUAGUUUAACUUUCAGAAUCGUUGAAAAAGUUAUUAAAACAAGGCUUUUUAAUAUAGUUAAAACAUAA